GUAACUGAGCACGGUUUGUACUCCGCCCUUCUCGGGUGGGGGUACGUUCUGCUACCGUCAUUAUCGGCCCCUUUAUCAUCAUUUAUCGGACUGGUGUUGGCAACGAGAACUUUGUUUUGGAUGAGCCAAUUCCGUUGGAUGAUUAGGAGCCCGAGCAUAUCCCGUGUAGCCGUGUGCUUUCUUCUUUUCCCGUGCAGACGCAUUCCUCGGUCGAUAGAUGGUAUAGAGACUAUUUAUUAUGAUUUGAUUUCCUAUGUUAUGUACUCCCUCUCAACCCUCCCUUUCUCACCACCCUCCUCUCUCUACCAUCCACUAGAGUACAGAGCAGGGUGGAGACUCUGGGUCAACCAACAUGUGGCUACGGAGGUCGUACCAGUAUUUUGUCUGUCGAUCAACAUCCCUGCAGCCUAGUCUUUGUCCAAUAGGCGAAAUGAGGC